UUCACCACAUGCGCUCUCUCUCUCUGUGCCUUGUUUGCUGUGUGAUACCUGGAGAAUGAAAGCCUUCGUUAAGACCUCGUUGCUCUUUCUGAUUAUGUGCGGUGCACUGCAGCUUACCUCAGCUGACACAUUGUCAAGUGAUAUGGCGACCAGUACCUGUUGCUUUAAUGACACCAGUAAAAUACCUCUGAAACGGAUUACUUCUUACUUCUGGACAAGCACAAUUUGCCCCCUCAAAUUCGUUGUGUUUGUAACAAUUAAGAAGAAACAAUUCUGUGCAAAACCUGAAAAUGCGUGGGUCAAGCGGGCCAUAAAGUACAUAGACAAGAAUUCAGCGAACUGAAAGACAGAAGAUAUUGUCUACAGAAACACUGCACCACAUAUACGAUUACUGUAAAAUAAGCAUUUCAGAGUGUUAUCAUUGUCAUGUAAAUUAUCCAGAUAUUAUUCGUGUUGUAUGUUUUUGUUUUUUGGAAUUUUUUUUUUAAUCCGAAAUUUAUUUUUAAAAUAUUUAUAUAUUUAUUUUUCGCUGAAGCUGUUUGCUAGUAUUAGUAAAUAGGACACGAAACCUUUUUUGAAUGGCACAUGUACAUAAUUGCAGAUGAAUCAAACCAUUAGAUAAUAAAGACUUGCUGGAUUUGUGCUGGUCAGACCAAGCUGUCUGAGCAUUUUUUUUUUAAUCAUCUUAAU